AUGCUCGAGAAAAUGCACCCGAAGGAAGACGAAGUUUCGCGGCGUGACCGAGCCCACAGCCGCCGUCACGUGCCACUGGUCGACGGUUUCAUGAAGCUAGACGUGGUAACACAACCGUCGCCGUGGAACGGAACGGCGUUGUAUACGCUACGAUGGAAGCUAGGCCGAUAUCUACAGUAUUCGCACGACGGCUCCGCGAACUGCGAGCGUAAAAUCCUCGCAGUGCGUGGACUAGAUCGCCGUGCGUUCGCACUAUCC